ACAGGGAAUCAUCUGACCAAUCAGAUGGUGAGUCGAUCAAGGUCAACUGCUUGGAUUGUGGCAAACUAUGCUCGAUCAAGAAGGCUGUGAAGUUUGGGAAGCGCUUCAGAGACCCCAAAUGCCAUUCAGCAUACAGGUGGUUGACUGUGAACGAUCCGGAAUGGCCCACCAAGACAGCAGAGGAGAAACGGCAGACGGUGGUCGCAAACCGCGGCCAAGGAGGUCGCGGAACCGCUAGGAAGCUUGUUGAAGUGGACAAGUAUGCCGACAGCGCCGCAUCAGUGCCUUACUUGACAGAGUUGAGGUUCAAACGCAAGGGUGCAAAAUGGUAUGGAUGGAGCGAGGAGAGGGCGCAAGAGGAGUGGGACAAGGCAGUUCGGGACAAGAAUGUGAAGCGCAAAACCGACCAGUUCGGGAAUCUGACGAUCGCAAAGCUGUCCGAGGAAGCCGAUGUUUCAGGCUUACGCAUCGGCAACAAGCGCAAAAUCCAGGAAAAGAGCAAGCACAAUGUUGGUGAUGAAGAGGCUAUUGAGAAUUUGGCCACAGGUCUGGCUCAGUCCCGGCUAGAUGUCGAGGUGAAAAUGUCGGCAGCUUCAGGACUCAAUCUCCUGACUUUGAGCGACAAGGGUCCGUCCAGUGCCAAGGCUGGCAAGGCCAAAGCAAACAAAAGUGGCAAAAAGCCGCGGGAGACAAAUGCUGUGGCAGAUGAUCCGCCCCGAAAUCCAUCCUCCUCGAAGACGCAGUUGGACCCAGAGGCCACGAAGAGGCUUGAGAAACUGAAGCUGGACUCCGAUGUGGUCAGAAUGAGCCAGAAAUGGGUUGGUCGCAUCAAGACGCUCAAUGUUGAGGCUUCGCAGUCUUUGGCGGCAGCUGAGCAAUUUCCAGAAUUGUCCGCGUUGAGCAACGAGGUCGAGGGUGCGUUGGAUAAGCUCGCGAUCAGCGGGCCGAUUGUGCCCAUGUCACCCAGCAUGAAGUCGACGCGAUUGGAAAUUUUGGGAGACAAGUUGCAAGCGGAACGCAGUUCCGAGGCAACACAUGCGCUUGAACGUUGUAACUCAAAGAAGGAAUUGGGUGAGUACGACAAGCGCAUGGCAGGCCAUGAAGGGUUGCUGAAAAAGGCGCUGGCACAACUGGACAAGGAUGUUGAGCACCACCAGGAGCAGGCAGAGAAGGAGAGGGCGAUGAAGGAAUUGCUGCAGGCGCGGCUUCAGAAGAAGAGGAAACUGAUGGAGUCACGGAAGGCAAAAGGCAGGGCAGCCGGUUUCAAGGAGGGUAAGGCGCAAGUGGAACUCCAGAGUGGCAGUGGGGAGGAGGAUGGACCUGAUUCUGAUGCAGAAUCGGGUGCAACACAAAAUGCUCCACGUGAUGGUGAGAACCCAGAUGAAGAUGACAGUGAUGGGGCGUGGUGUUUCACGCAAGAGGCUGAUGUCUUGAUCAGGGACAAGGCAUUUGGUGUGGAUUUUGUUCACCGUAACUCUCACCCAGAUUCCGUGACCUUCGUGAAUCCAACGCUGUUCACAAGCCUGGACUUGAACGGGUUCGGGUUUGACCAAGCAGUCUCAGACGCUCUGUACAAAGAGCAUGUUGUUGGGAAUGAUGAUGAGGAGGAUGCCGCCGAUGAUGCCCGUGAUGAUGACCAGCCAAAGAACUUGACGUAUUUCAAAUCCGUGGUCGCAUCACCGGUGGAUGAAUGGACCAAGAGCUUGCCUGCAGUACUCGAGAAGUUGGCUGCAGGUGCCAACGCUGUGCAAGGCUUGCUUGAGCAGGACUUCAUGUCGUCUGAUUGGUCCAAAGUGCUCAGUGGAAAAAUCCAGUACUCAGGGCCGCGCCACAAGUGGAUGGGCUUUUCCGAUUUGCUUUGGGGCAGAUUGGUUUGGGUUGUUGGAGGAGAACGUGUCUGCGUCGGGGUGCCCCUUAUGGCUUUUCAAAAGGACCUUGCAGAUGCCAAUGCUGACAUCAAUGGCAUCACCACUAGGCUCACAGGCAUGUCGCGUGAAGACAUCAAGAAGUCUGGAGGUUUUGCUUGCCUCGUGGAGUCAGGCGAUGUACUUGUGAUUCCACCAGGGUACUUGCUGGCCGAUGUGAACACGGGCGCCUUGGACGACUGCCCGGUGGACUCGGAGGAUGCCCCGGCCGAUGUGUUCCCCGUCUUGACACGGGACCAGCUCGUGAAUUUCGACCUCGGCGUCUAUGAUGCUGCCAUCCGUCUUUGUGCUGUUCAUGGGGGUUUGUGCUCCAACUUCAAGCAUGGUAAAAAGAUGGUGCAUUGUCUUCAGCUGCAGCUCAACAACGUGGGCGUGAAGGAUGAAGUCCAGAGCCCUGUUCGCAUCGGUCGUGCCCUGAAGCCUGCUUCAGGUCCAGAUGCUUCGAAGGCUGGUCUCAUGGAGCUUAAGCCACACGACCUGCAGUUGGUUCCGUGGGUUUCGGAUGACGAUGAUGCUUCCGUGGAGCGUGCAGUUCAUGAAGCGUUAUCUUUGGUGACGGCGGUCGUCACGAACGAGGAUUCCUGCAAUCGUGAUGGUCUGCUGGAUUGUGCAGCUGUUCGCCUCGAGCGCGUGUUGACGAUUCCUGGAGUCUCCAUCGAUGUCUUGAACUCGCAGGCCCAUGCGAUCCUUCAACAGACCCACGAGGAUUGCCGCCAGGCACAGGAGAUGUGGCACCAGUUGGUGGCGCGAGUGAGCCGAAGUGCAACUGCGACCGGUUCCAUUCUUGCGGAUGCUCCCGAUGCCCUUGGCACCCAUCGUGACUACGCUAGCUUUGUGAAUGCAGAGCAACGCGAGGCGCUUGACAAGGAGUUCGACGAGAUGUCCGAGAACAAGACCACAGAUCCGGACAACAAGGAUCCGGACAACAAGCCGCAAGUGCCUUUCCCGGGACUCUCAGGUACUUUCAAGGACACCACACAGGCUAACGUUGAUCGGUUCUUUGAUCCGGAGCUACGCAGGCAGGAGAAAGAGGAUGCAAAGUCGAAGAAGUUCCUGGAUCCCCCAGCCCCAGCAGCAACCAACAAGAAGCCCAGCAAAUCUAAGCCGUCGUCUGCGUCCAAGACCAAAGCAAGCCCUAAGAAGCAGCCCAAGUCCCCGAAACCCAAAGCCAAAGGCAAGGCGACGGCAGCCCCUAAGGCCAAGACCACGGAAGCUCCACCCCCGAAGCGGGCAAAAAGGAAGACUGCAUCGAAGUGA